AUGCUUAAUCUAAGCAGCUUACUAAAGGCAACAAAAGGCGUGAAGCCAACUGGUAGCACUGCAGCAGAUAAUGAAAAUGGAGAAAAUAAAGGAGAAAUUGGCAGUGAGACUGUAAAAAUAAAAUUAAUUAAUAUGCAAGAAUAUAAAACAAAGAAGCUUUUGGAUGAACGAAAAAAUGUGAAUGCAUGGAGCGCAACCAACAAUAGUAGUAAGAAACCCACCAAAGAAGCAAAGAAAAAAACUGAAAAGAAAAAAGUAGAGAAAAAGAAGGAUUCCAAAAACGAUGACGAAAAUAAAGAUGCCACAAAAAAGGAUGAAGCAAAAAAAGAUGACACAAAAAAGGAUGACACAAAAAAAGAUGAUGCAAAAAAGGAUGAUGAAAAGAAGGAUGAUUCGAAAAAGGGUCAGAAGUAUGAACCCCCACAAAAAAAGUUCAUCCCAUCAGUUCUUAAACAAAGAGAGAGUACUUUAUCUAAAUCUGUGAAAGAGGUGAAGAAUGAAAAGGUAGAAGUUUUUCCUGAUUUAUUACAGGCAAAAAAAUCAACGAAAACAGAAAAAGAAAAGAAAAAAAAUCAACCACAAAAAAAGAAUAAAAAAGAUAUAGGAGAAAAGAAAAAGCAAGAAGACGAAGAAAACAAUUUUCCACCAAUCAAGGAAAUAAAUAAAAUUCAUUUCAAUAUUUUCGAUGUUGUAGACAUAAAGAAGGAAUAUGAACGAAUUAUAAGGAAUUCAGACAAAGUUAUGCAAAAGUAUAAAAAUAAAAAAAAAUUUGACAAUUCGAUGAUUCUUUGCAAUUAG